CAAAUGCACAUCUUCUCUUCUCCAUGAUCCUAGCCUGCUCUGUUGUUCUGUUCCUCUCUUCUCCAUUAUCCUAGCCUGAUCUGUUUCGAAGCAGUUCCUGGGAUCGUCCCUUAUGGGUUUUGUUCUCCCCUUCAAAGCCCACGGUUCUGUUCUCCUUGAUUUUCUUCGAGCGUAUCUGGGGAAUUCUUCUUCUGCGUUUUUCUUCAACUGCAAAUAUUUAGUUUGCUCGGAUUGUAAAUCAAGAAUCGAAUAAGUUCUGAGGUAAAAAUAUUACUUUCCUGUCACUCAGGAUCACUGCUUUCUUCCACGUUAAACUUUCACUCCUUUGGGGUUUCUUUAACCCAUUUUUCCACUCAAUAAUUUUCCUUCUCGUUGUCUAUUGUGAUUUCUUGUUGACUGUGGAUCAACAACCCAGUCCCAAAUCAGAUCCUUUUCCCUUACUCCAUGAAUUUUCCUGGUAUCCAACCUUAAUUGUUCUUCUCUGUUCAGAAACACGGCCGAAGAUCCUUAUUUGGCUCUCUAUCAACCCUCGAAGAUUAUGGCAGCAUUGGCUCCUGGAAUUCUAUUGAAGCUCCUCAAUGGAAUGAAAACAGGGGUAAAACCUACCGGUGAGCACAGGAGCUCACUUUUGCAGGUAACAGAUAUUGUACCAGCAGAUCUCGACGAGAACACUCUCUGGCCUAAACACGGUUUCCGCAUAAAGGUCUCUGAUUCUUCACAUUCAAUAUAUGUCAGCCUGCCUUUUGAACAAGAUGAUCUAGUCCUCAGCAACAAGAUGCAGCUCGGUCAGUUCAUCUACGUGGACAGAUUGGAGCCAGGGUCGCCUGUUCCAAUAAUCAAAGGCACAAAACCACUUCCUGGUCGACACCCUCUGGUAGGUACCCCUGAACCGAUAAGGAGUUGCAGAGAUGACGGGGAUAAAAUUGAACAGAGAUCCUUUAAUUCAAAACUCUCUGCUCACAGAAGAGGUUUUUGGGAUAGUUCAGCUGAUGUUGCUUCUUCUUCCCCUACUAUCGUGAAACCGAUUCCUUUGAAUUUUGAUCAGAGCACCCCAAAAAAAGAGAGACCCAGUCCGAUGAGAACAGUAGGCAAUAUUCCAAAUUCUCCACUGAUCAGGGGGAGAAUGGUUAAGGAUGAAAAUUCAAGAAUGGUUUUGAGAUCUUCAGUGAAUGGGCUUCUGUCUAAGAUGUCAGAUUCAAAAGGAGAAAGCCCUCUCCAUGUUAGGAAGAGCUGUGUCACCCCUUUUUCUGCGUCCAAAGUUACAAGGAGCAAGACUCCGUACGAACGAGAGCCAAUGAUCCCAAAAAGUCUCUUCAACAAUACUGAAAAGAAGAGUUCAACUACCCCUCACAGAUUAAGAAAUAUAAGAGAAGAAGCCUCUUCCAAACAGGUGGGGGAAGAACAGAAACAGAACAACUCAAAUUCCAUUGCAACUUGUCAACUGCAUUCACAGUCUGCUAAUUCGAAAUCCAAGCACGGUGGCAGUAUGUCCAUGUCUUUACCUGGAAAACUUAGUGUACUUGGAAAGGAAGCCAUUCAACAGAGAGAAACAGCUCAGAAGAAUGCUCUGCAAGCACUAAGAGAUGCCUCUGCCUCUGAAAGUUUAGUGCGAGUUCUCAGGAUGCUUUCAGACUUGGCAAAAAAAGCAAAGCCAGAUGCUCCAGCUGACUGUUUUGACCAGUUUCUGGAGUUUCAUCACCAAAUGGUGCAAGCAGUGACAGACAUGGAGUUAAUUCAAGCAGCUACAUGCAGUGAAAUGGUUGAAACCACUCCAAUUGCCAAGCAGACAGAACGGUCGAAGAAACAAGCUGAAGAAGAUUCCAACAUCUCACAAGAAAAUAACUUGCAGUCAGAUUUAAAUUCAUCAAAGAGAAGAUCAGCAUUAUGCAAGUCACUUGCAGCCAUCCCAGAAAGAAGUGAUGUCAAGACAACCCCUGGGAAGCACCUGAGACCGAACUGGAACCAGAAAUUUUCUAUGGAAAGGAUAGGUGGAUCCACACCAAAAGGAAAGUUGCACCCUGAAUCUACCUUGGAGAAUGAUGAGAAUAAGAAACCAGCCCCUUGUAGCUUCAACAGUACCAUCAAAUUAGGCAAACAGAUCGAAACAGAAGCCGGAAAUUGGUUUAUGGACUUCUUGGGGAAAGCGCUGGAAACAGGUAUGAAGAAAUCAAGAGGAAUGGCAGAUAGUGACAGGCGUGAAGUCUCACAAUCUCUCCUACUCAAGGUUAUAAACUGGGUGAAAGUUGAGCAGUGUGAUAGCAGUAAGAGGCCAGUUCACCCUAGAGCAGCACAAAUAGCCAGGAAGUUAAGAAUCAAGAUGAAGAAUCUUGAAUGGGCUGGUGUCUAAGCGUGUGCAGUCUUUACUUGAUUAGAUGUAAUGAUGGUAUUCCAAUUAACACGAGAUAAUGCGUAAUGAAACUCUGUUGACUUCGGUGUUCACAAGUUUUGUGAACAAGAUUAAUAUAAACUAACAACCAACUAGGUUAGCUCUCUACAGACAGGACAUUUCAGUGACUGCAGGGUGAAAACAUUGCUUGCUACACAGUGAUUCUCACUGCUGCUGUAACCGUGAGAAAGGGGAAUGGCAUAUGCAGGCUGUUUGUGACCUUAGAUAAUUAAGAAAAUCAAGAAAAAUCUUGACUUGCCUUA